GCCCGCUGGGAGGCGGAGGCCAGCUUCGGGAGCCGGGCGGAGGCUGGGCAGGUGCCCCUCGGCGCGGAGGCUGAUUGGCAGGUGCGGGAGUGGGUGGGGAAGGCGGGGGCUGGGCCUGGCGCUGCGGGAGGCUGCGGCCCCGCCUCCCCGCCCCCGCCGCGGGACUAUCUGGUCCCGGCAGCAGCGAUGUCCCCCGGCAGGAAUGUCCCUCCUCAGAUAAUGUUAUUUAUAUCUCUGGGCGGGUCCGUGGCUCGGCAGCACCAGGCGCCCGGUGGCCGCUGUGCCAGGAGCCCCGCGCUGCCCUCCUCCCCCUGCGCCGCCGCCGCUGCCACCCCCGGGCUCGGGCUGGCCGUCGUUAUAGCCCCAGCGCAGGGACCCUUCCAUGAAGACUGAGGCAGGCAUAGCUGCUGAGAGCCUGCUGACAUGACAUCAGCCACGGAGAUUGAAAAUGUGGGCAACCAGCCACCAUACAGCCGGAUCAAUGCCCGCUGGGAUGCCCCGGACGAUGAGCUGGAUAAUGACAACAGCUCAGCCAGGCUCUUUGAGAGGUCCCGGAUCAAGGCCUUGGCAGGUACCGUUUGGGGCUGUGGGGGUUCACCUUUUCUCCUUGCAGAUGUCUUCACAGAAAACCCUGAUGAGAAAUCCAUUAUCACCUACGUGGUGGCAUUUUACCACUACUUUUCCAAGAUGAAGGUGCUGGCAGUGGAGGGCAAGCGUGUCGGCAAGGUAAUUGACCACGCCAUUGAGACAGAGAAGAUGAUUGAGAAGUACAGCGGGCUGGCCUCAGACCUGCUUACCUGGAUUGAGCAGACCAUCACGGUUCUGAACAGCCGCAAGUUCGCCAACUCCCUGACCGGCGUCCAGCAGCAGCUGCAGGCCUUCAGCACCUACCGCACCGUGGAGAAGCCGCCCAAGUUUCAGGAGAAGGGGAAUCUGGAAGUCUUACUUUUUACCAUCCAGUCCCGGAUGAGAGCCAACAAUCAGAAAGUGUACACGCCCCAUGAUGGGAAACUAGUGUCUGACAUCAACAGGGCCUGGGAGAGCCUGGAGGAAGCCGAGUAUCGGCGGGAGCUGGCCUUGAGAAACGAGCUCAUUCGGCAGGAGAAGCUGGAGCAGUUGGCCCGGCGCUUUGACCGAAAGGCCGCCAUGAGAGAGACGUGGCUCAAUGAAAACCAGCGCCUCGUGGCCCAGGAUAACUUUGGGUACGACCUGGCAGCCGUGGAGGCCGCCAAGAAGAAGCACGAGGCCAUUGAGACUGACACAGCCGCCUACGAGGAGCGGGUGAGGACCCUGGAGGGCCUGGCCCAGGAGCUGGAGAAGGAAAACUACCACGACCAGAAGCGCAUCACGGCCCGCAAGGACAACAUCCUACGCCUGUGGAAGUACCUGCAGGAGCUGCUGAGGUCCCGGCGCCAGAGGCUGGAGACAACCCUGGCCCUGCAGAAGCUCUUCCAGGACAUGCUGCACAGCAUUGACUGGAUGGAUGAGAUCAAGGCUCACCUCUUGUCUGCUGAGUUUGGGAAGCACUUGUUGGAGGUUGAGGAUUUGCUACAGAAGCACAAGUUGAUGGAGGCUGACAUCGCCAUCCAAGGGGGGAAAGUGAAGGCCAUCACCACUGCCACCCUGCCGUUCACUGAGGAGAAAGGGUACCAGCCUUGUGAUCCCCAGGUCAUCCGAGACCGUAUCAGCCACCUGGAGCAGUGCUUUGAGGAGCUGAGCAACAUGGCCGCUGGGCGGAAGGCCCAGCUGGAACAGUCCAAACGGCUCUGGAAGUUCUUCUGGGAGAUGGACGAGGCGGAGAGCUGGAUCAAGGAGAAGGAGCAGAUCUACUCCUCCCUGGACUAUGGCAAGGACCUGACCAGUGUGCUCAUCUUGCAGCGCAAACACAAGGCAUUUGAGGACGAGCUCCGCGGGCUAGACGCCCACCUGAACCAUAGCUUCCAGGAGGCCGAGGCCAUGGUAGCACGCAAGCAGUUUGGGUACCCGCAGAUCGAGGCCCGAAUCAAGGAGGUGUCUGCCCAGUGGGACCAGCUAAAGGAGCUGGCUGCCUUUCGCAAGAAGAACCUCCAGGAUGCUGAGAACUUCUUCCAGUUCCAGGGUGAUGCAGAUGACCUAAAGGCCUGGCUGCAAGAUGCUCACAAGCUGCUCUCGGGCGAAGAUGUGGGGCAGGAUGAAGGGGCCACACGGGCCCUGGGGAAGAAGCACAAAGGUUUCCUGGAGGAGCUGGAGGAAAACCGUUUGGUGAUGGAGCAUCUGGAACAGCAGGCCCAGGGCUUCCCGCAGGAGUUUCGGGAUUCCCCAGAUGUGACCAAUCGGCUGCAGGCCCUCCGGGAGCUCUACCAGCAGGUGGUGGCCCAGGCGGACCUGCGUCGGCAGAGGCUGCAGGAUGCCCUGGAUCUGUACACGGUGUUUGGAGAGACAGACGCCUGUGAGCUGUGGAUGAGUGAGAAGGAGAAGUGGCUGGCCCAGAUGGAAAUCCCAGACACACUGGAGGACCUGGAGGUCGUGCAGCACAGGUUUGACAUCCUGGACCAGGAGAUGAAGACUUUGAUGGCUCAGAUUGAUGGCGUGAACCUCGCUGCCAAUAGCCUGGUAGAGAGUGGCCACCCACGCAGCGGGGAAGUGAAGCAGUACCAGGAUCACCUGAACACCAGGUGGCAGGCAUUCCAGACCAUGGUGUCGGAGCGGCGGGAGGCAGUGGACUCGGCCCUCCGGGUGCACAACUACUGCGUGGACUGUGAGGAGACCAGCAAGUGGAUCAUGGACAAGACAAAGGUGGUAGAGUCGACCAAGGACCUAAGCCGGGACCUAACAGGCAUCAUUGCCAUCCAGCGGAAGUUGUCUGGGCUGGAGCGCGAUGUGGCUGCCAUCGAGGCCCGUGUGGGUGCCCUGGAGCGUGAGUCGCAGCGGCUGAUGAAAUCACACCCUGGACUGAAGGAGGACAUUGGCCAGCGGCAGGCGUAUGUGGAGGAGCUGUGGCAGGGCCUGCAGCGUGCCCUGCAGGGCCAGGAGGCCUUGCUGAGUGAAGCCAGCCAGCUUCAGGCCUUCCUGCAGAAACUGGAUGACUUCCAGGCCUGGCUGUCCAUGACCCAGAAGGCCGUGGCCUCUGAGGACACUCCCGAGUCCCUCCCGGAGGCCGAGCAGCUCCUACAGCAGCAUGCGGCCAUCAAGGAUGAGAUUGACGGGCACCAAGGGAGCUACGAGCACGUCAAGGCAUCCGGGGAGAUGGUGACCCAUGGCCAGACAGACCCGGAGUACCUGCUGCUGGCCCAGAGGCUAGGGGACCUGGAGACUGGCUGGGACGCCCUGCACAGGAUGUGGGAGAGCCGCGGCCGCUCCCUUGCCCAGUGCCUUGGCUUCCAGGAGUUCCAGAAAGAUGCCAAACAGGCCGAAGCCAUCCUCAGCAACCAGGAAUAUACUCUAGCUCACUUGGAGCCCUCAGAUUCCCUAGAAGCUGCAGAGGCUGGGAUCCGGAAGUUCGAGGAUUUCUUGGUGUCUAUGGAGAACAACCGGGAUAAAGUUUUGAGUCCUGUGGACUCUGGAAAUAAGCUGGUAGCUGAAGGAAACCUCUACUCAGAGAAGAUCAAGGAGAAGGUGCAGCUGAUUGAGGACAGGCACAGGAAGAACAACGAGAAGGUGCAGGAGGCCUCAGCUCUUCUGAGAGACAACCUGGAGCUCCAGAACUUUCUCCAGAACUGCCAGGAGCUCACUCUCUGGAUCAACGACAAGCUGCUGACAUCACAGGACAUCUCCUAUGAUAAAGCACGAAACCUUCAGAACUUAUGGCUGAAGCACCAGGCAUUUGUGGCAGAACUGGCCUCCCACCAAGGGUGGCUGGAAAGCAUUGAUGCCGAAGGAAAGCAGCUGAUGGAAGAGAAGCCCCAGUUUACAGCCCUGGUGUCCCAGAGACUGGAAGCCUUGCACCAGCUCUGGGAUGAGCUUCAGGCUAUCACACAGGAGAAGACCCAAAAGCUCUCAGCUGCCAGAAGCUCUGACCUGCGCUCACAGACCCACGACGACCUCAACAAGUGGAUCAGUGUCAUGGAGGACUACCUGCGGUCGGACGACCCGGGCAAGGACCUGACCAGUGUCAACCGGAUGUUGGCUAAGCUAAAGCGUGUGGAGGACCAAGUGAAUGUGCGGAAGAAGGAUCUGGGGGAGCUGUUUGCCCAGAUGCCCUCUCUGGGAGAGGAAGAAGAAGACAUAGACUUGAGCAUCCAGAAGCGGUUCCUGGACCUCCUGGAGCCCCUGGGGAGGAGGAAGAAGCAGCUGGAAUCCUCCAGAGCCAAGCUGCAGAUCAGUCGGGACUUAGAGGAUGAGACGCUCUGGGUGGAAGAGAGGUUGCCGCUGGCCCAGUUGGGCGACUAUGGCACCAAUCUGCAAACUGUGCAGCUGUUCAUAAAGAAGAACCAGACGCUGCAGAACGAGAUUCUGGGCCACGCCCCGAGGGUCGAGGAUGUGCUGCAGAGAGGGCAGCAGCUGGUGGCAGAGGCAGAGAUCGACUGCCAGGACAUCGAGGAGCGCCUGGGCCACCUGCAGCGUUCGUGGGACACGCUGAGGGAGGCAGCGGCUGGACGGCUGCAGCGCCUACGGGACGCCAGCGAGGCACAGCAGUACUACCUGGAUGCGGGGGACGCCGAAGCUUGGAUCAGCGAGCAGGAGCUCUACGUCAUCUCAGAUGAGACCCCCAAGGAUGAAGAGAGUGCCAUCGUGAUGCUGAAGCGGCAUUUGCGGCAGCAGCGUGCCGUGGAGGAGUAUGGGAAGAACAUCAAGCAACUGGCCGGCCGGGCACAGAGCCUGCUGUCUGCAGGCCACCCCGAAGGGGAACAGAUCAUCAGACUUCAGGGGCAAGUGGACAAGCAGUAUGCGGGGCUCAAGGACAUGGCGGAAGAACGCAAGCGGAAGCUGGAGAACAUGUACCACCUGUUCCAGCUGAAGAGGGAGGCUGAUGACUUGGAGCAGUGGAUUGCAGAAAAGGAACUGGUGGCCUCGUCCCCAGAAAUGGGGCAAGACUUUGACCACGUUACUCUGCUCCGGGACAAGUUCCGGGACUUUGCCCGGGAGACCGGAGCGAUUGGGCAAGAGCGGGUGGACAGCGUGAAUGCCAUCAUCGAGCAGCUGAUUGACGCGGGCCAUGGAGAGGCAGCCACCAUCGCCGAGUGGAAAGACGGGCUGAACGAGAUGUGGGCAGACCUGCUGGAGCUCAUCGACACACGCAUGCAGCUGCUGGCCGCCUCCUACGACCUGCACCGCUACUUCUACACGGGCGUGGAGAUCCUGGGCCUCAUCGAGGAGAAGCACCGCGAGCUGCCUGAGGAUGUGGGGCUGGAUGCCAGCACCGCCGAGUCCUUCCACCGGGUGCACACGGCCUUCGAAAGGGAGCUCCACCAGCUGGGCGUGCAGGUGCAGCAGUUCCAGGAUGUGGCCACCCGCCUGCAGAUGGCAUAUGUUGGGGAGAGGGCAGAUGCCAUCCAGAAUAAGGAGCAGGAGGUGUCUGUCGCGUGGCAGGCGCUGCUCGAUGCCUGCGCUGGGCGCCGCACCCAGCUAGUGGACACGGCAGACAAAUUCCGCUUCUUCAGCAUGGUCCGAGACCUCCUCUCCUGGAUGGAGAGCAUCAUCCGGCAGAUUGAGACCCAGGAGAAGCCCAGAGACGUCUCCUCGGUGGAACUGCUCAUGAAAUAUCAUCAGGGCAUCAGGGCAGAGAUCGAAACCCGGAGCAAAAACUACAACGCCUGCCUGGAGCUCGGCCAGUCCCUGAUGCAGCGAGAGCACCAGGCCUCUGAGGAGAUCAGUGAGAAACUGCGGCAGGUGAUAUCCAGGAAGAAGGAGAUGAACGAGAAGUGGGAGGCCCGCUGGGAGCAGCUCCGCAUGUUGCUGGAAGUAUGCCAGUUCUCUCGAGAUGCCUCCGUGGCUGAAGCGUGGCUGAUCGCCCAGGAGCCCUACCUGGCCAGCCGGGACUUUGGACACACGGUGGACAGUGUGGAGAAGCUCAUCAAGAGGCAUGAGGCUUUUGAGAAAUCCACAGCCACCUGGGCGGAGCGCUUUGCUGCACUGGAGAAACCCACCACGCUUGAGCUAAAAGAACGCCAAACCCCAGACAGACCUGAGGAGGAGACUGGGCCUCAAGAGGAGGAAGGCGAGACAGCAGGGGAGGGUCCCCGAGCUCCCCACCGAGCAGCCACCGAGAGAACGUCCCCGGGGGAAGAAGACAGACAGCGGCCUCAGGACCUGCAGCCGCCACCCCCGCCGGGGACGCAUGAGGAAGAACAGGAGGAGAAAUCCUGCGUGGAUGAGAGGCCUGCCACUGAGCCUCUCUUUAAGGCACUGGACACACCUCUGAGCGAUGGUGAUGAGCCUACAACGCUGCCGGCCCAGCAGGACCUCGGGCACAGCGUGCAGAUGGAGGGCUACCUGGGCCGCAAGCACGACCUGGAGGGGCCCAACAAGAAGGCAUCCAACAGGUCCUGGAACAACCUGUACUGUGUGCUCAGGAAUAGUGAGCUGACCUUCUACAAAGAUGCCAAGAACCUGGCCCUGGGGGUGCCCUACCAUGGGGAGGAACCCCUGGCCCUGAGACAUGCCAUUUGUGAGGUUGCUGCCAACUACAAGAAGAAGAAGCAUGUCUUCAAGCUGAGGUUGAGCAAUGGCAGUGAGUGGCUCUUCCAUGGCAAGGAUGAGGAGGAGAUGCUGUCCUGGCUGCAGGGUGUGAGUACCGCCAUCAACGAGUCCCAGAGCAUCCGCGUCAAGGCCCAGAGCCUGCCCCUGCCCUCCAUCACCGGCCCUGAUGCCAACCUCGGCAAAAAAGACAAGGAGAAGAGAUUCAGCUUCUUCCCCAAAAAGAAGUAGCCUCUCACAGUGCCCCACAGGUGGAGCCGGGCUGUGGGUGCCGCAGUGCCUCCCUCAGCUGCCCGGGACAGGCUGGGGUGCCCGUGGCCUUGACCUCGGCUGCCGCCCGGUCCUCCUCCCGCCUGCCGCCCGGCUGCCCGCUGCCUGCUGCCUGCCUGCUCCGAGUUGCCGGGGCCAGGCUCCGGGGCCCACGCUGCACUGCAAUCGCUGCCUUCGCCCACCCGGCCGAUGUCUGCUCCCCACCCUCCACAGAGCGACUCCAGGGACACAGGGGCUCCUAGUUCCACCCAGGCCCUGGGGCCUCCAGGCCUGGGGGCAGGAAAUGGUUUUCCAAGGCACACGCCCUCCUCUCCCCUCCUGGGCUGAGGACACACCAGCCCCCCAAGCUCCAUAAAAGCUGGAGAAGGCUGAUGGGGGUCCUCAGAUGCUGUCCACUCCCACAGCAAGUCUUGCUUGGGGUCAUUUCCCCCUUGGUUGCAGCCAGGGAUAGGGAAAGGGAAAAGGACACUGGAAAUGCCUGGCCCACUCCUGGGGCAGGAGGAAGCAGCCUUCAGGUAGGCCCACAGGGCCCUGGGUCUAGGAAAAGGGCUGCAGGGGACUGAGGGGACAUUAUGGGCUCCUCACUGGGCUUCCUCAGCACUGGGACUCUCGCCUCAGGGGCUGCCACAUCCCUCCUUCUUCCACCAAAAAAAAGGGGGCACCCUCCGAGGUCAGUGGGUCCUUAGUGCAAGGGACCUCCUGGUCCUUCCAGCACCCUUCGCUACCACCAUCAGUGAUAGAAGGGAGAAGGAGCAAGCUCUCCAGCCGUUCCUUUUAAAACUGAACUUAGAGCUUAGCGCUCAGGGCUUAGACCUGAAGGAGGUAGUGGGGUCCUGACACUGCCUAAGGCGCUGCCUCGCCACUCUGGGACACUCCCCCUCCCCCAGGAGCAGCUGAACCAGCAAUAUCCGACUCAGACCCAGGACCCCUUAACGAGACAGCCCAGUCCCCAGAUACAAGAUGGACAGCCCAGCACCUGGAGUAAAGCAUCCCAAAGCCAAAUGCCCAACGUGUAUUGUCUGCAGCUGGUACCAUCUGAGGGUAUUGCCUGGACAGACAGCCAAGUGCAUGACCUAUCACCCCGGGGUGACAAAGCAAGCCACACCUGGGUAUUACCACCCACAUCACACAACCCCUGGACAACUGGGACAAAUGCUGAGGCCAGAACAAUGGUGUGCCACCCCUUGCUCAGCUUCUCCUGAAGGUUCUGGUCUUGGAGAAGCCACAUGGGUGCAGGAGUCACCGAAUGUCUAGCCCCAUCCCCAAGCACAGCCAAAGGGGCCCUGCUACCUAGAUCUGCAGGGCUAGCCUUCCCCAUGCUAAGGUCAGACUUCUACGGGGAAGAGAGCAUUUGUUCCACAAGGAUUUUUUCUGCCACUCUUUGAAAGCAAUACAGCUGCCGCCCGGCAUCUUAACCGGGGAUAGGUCCAGAGGGCGGUUCAAGUUGGGAGCAGUAGGCAUUUCUCCUGGGGAGACUAUAAAGGUCCCUGGGGCCUGCAGCUGCUAUUUCCAUCACCUUCCCCAUGGGAAGGAGACUUACACUGAGAUGAUUCCUCCAGAAGUGGAUGAGGCUCAGGCAGAAACCACAGCGGGAGGGAGAGUUACUAGACCUUCUCAGGAGCCCUUAGUGUAGGCACGUCUCGGUGAUCAAGAGCGCUAUGUCAGGGUGAAGUUGAAUUCAGCAGAUAGGAACCACAGGAGGCAAGUUCUCUGAUGGCACCUGACAUCUCCAAAUCAGGUGGUCUCAGCUCUGUAGCCAGGGUCUUCAUUCGGCCUCGGUACACCUAACCCCAUGGCCCUCUUUGCACCUAUAGGGAGCCUAGUAUAGAACAUUCACCAGUCUCUUUCGACACCUGGGGAAGCCAAGGCAGCAGGCAAUGAGAUGACUAGACUCACCUGGCAAUAAAGGUCUCUGGUGCACCUGAGGAUAUGUCCUGCUCCAGGGCAGAGAGCGUGCUCCUUGCUGAAGAGCAGGUGGUGGCCCGAGUCUCUCCACUGCUUCCCUGGGCCAGUCUUGAAGGAGGCCAGGGACCAGGGGCCACCCUCUCCCCUCCAUGUGUGCCAAAGUAGCGCCUGAGUAGGAAUCUCCAACAAGCUACUCCAUAGUCCCAAGAAUGAAAGGGCCCCAAAGGAAGCGCUAGGACUUUACCACCCAGGUCCCCCGGACUGGUCAAGGGCAGCAAGCUGCAUGUGACCCUCCAUCUACUGUCACUUUCUCACGCGUCCCUCCCAUAUCACACAGGACCCAAGACCCUCCAUCAACUGAACUGAAAUUGCAGGUGCCCAGCUUUGGGAGCCUGUGCCACAUGGGGGCUAAGUCCCUGGGGCCCUGGCAAGGUUUCUUUUUUUUUCUUCCUUACAUUUUCUACUCUGCAGUCUUUAACAGUACUCCCAAAGUAGGUUGACACAGCUCCAGUCCACACCAGCAUAACAGGCUUCCUCCCAGGGCCGUUUAGAGGAAGCUCCGGGACACAGCCAGGCAGGCCUCCUUCCCUCACCUUCCCCCGGCCUCACCUGACCGGCUGAGCGGGGUACGGAGGCUUCUCGGGCUUCCCUCCCCCACCAGCACCCGUAACCGGAGGCCUGUGGAGGGCUCCACUCCCCACCACACCACUCUUCUUUCCUGCCUAUCAGAGGGCAACUGGGGUCCCCGUGGCUGGUCCCAGGUCCCCCUCCUCCCUUCAGCGGGAGGGGGCAGAGGUCCAGAGGACCACAUGGCUCCGUCUCUUGAACAAGCAAGCUCAGGGAGGACACAAGGGAGGAGGGGGCUGCAGAGGACUGCAACCCUGUUGAGCACAGACCAUGCGAUCUGGCCCAGCUGGGCCCUGUCCUCCACCUGCUCCAACGUGCUUCCACCAAAUGAAGGAAACCCAUUUACUAGUUUUUCUAAUAAACCAAUAACGCUCCGUA